AUGCAAUCACGGCAGAAUCAUCUCCUUGCGAUUCUUCCAUGCGGAAUUGGCAAGACUUUCAUGCUUUUGUUCCAGGCCAAGAUAUAUGACUACAAUAAGGUCACCAUCCUCCUCCUACCUUUAUCCGGCCUCCACGCCGACGAGCAGAUCAACAUUCCGUCAGUUACUCCGAAUGGCUCCCAGACGCUUCCCCUCCUUCAUUAUGACCUCAUCAACCAAAAGCAGCUCGCGCGCGUCGUUUUUGAUGAAGCAUACAAAGUCCUCACCGAUGUCAAUUAUCGGGAUGUUUUUCACCAUGUCAAGAUCCUUUUACAAUACCUACCGUGUCCUUUCACUUUCUUCUGUGGCUGUCUUCCUCCAACGCUUGAAGCUGCCUUUUGGGAGUUCACCGGUCUCGAAUACCUCGACAUCAUUCGCAUGCCGACAGCCCACCCGGAACUCGCUUAUGCUGUAUAUUUACUACCCAAAGACCAGGUCUUCUCGGAACUCAUACGCUAUGUCGAAGAACGUACGACGUCUUACCACAUAGAUGACCGAGCCAUGGUAUUCUGUCACUCCAAGGCCAACACUCAGAAAGUCGCUAGCGCCCUCGGUGUGCUGGCAUUCUUUGCCGAGUCUGAGAAAGAGUUGCGUGAUGCUAACAAUACUGUAUUUUGCAAGUGGGUUGAAGGGUCACAAAAAAUCAUGGUGUGUACGAGCAUUCUAGGUUGCGGUGUUGAUCUCCCAUGCGUAAGGGAUGUCAUCCACUUUGAUCUUCCUUAUACUGCCCUCGACAAGCACCAACAAGAAAACUGCGCCAGCCGCGAUGGCAAGCCCGCCAAUGCCGUCACUUUUGUUGAUUCCUCACGCGGAGCUCUACCCGAUUGA